AUGCUUAAUGUGGACCAAGAGAAAGAAAAUAAUAGUAACGAUAAGGAGGAAAUAUUGCCAAUUUCAAAAUUUUUACAGAAGGAGUAUGGUGAUGGAAAAGCAAACAAAAAGGAUGUUAUGAGAAACUUAAGAAAAAGGAUUUAUAACCAUGAACAAUUUGAGGAUAUAUAUAAAAAAUUAAAAGAACUACAUGGGAAUAGUGGAAUUUGCACACGGCAAUGGAAAGAAGGUAGCUUUGCUUUUAAGUGUUACAAUUGUGAAGGAGAUCCGACAUGUGCAAUAUGUGCAAAAUGUUUCUUUGGUUCUAAUCAUAAAACUCAUAUAUAUAGAUUAACACACACUAGUGGAGGUUGUUGUGAUUGUGGAGAUACUUCAUGGAAUAUUAAAGGCUCAUGUUUUGAUCAUAGGGGAAUAAAUGAAGAAUAUUUGACUGAUAAGUCAAUUUUAAAUACAUAUGUAAAGAAUAGGGUUAGAGAUGAUUUAGAAAGUUUGGUUGGUACAUUAUUUAAGGAUAUUAUAUUGAAAGAUGGUUAUUUUUUAUCUCUUGUGAAUGCUGAUUAUGUGGAAUAUGCUUUUGAGUUUUUUAAAGAUUUAGGUAUAACUAGCUAUUUAUUUAGACAAAUAAUAUGCGAAGUAUUUACUGGAGCAAAAAUUGAUUUUUUAAUAAAUUUUCAUUAUUGUUUUUAUGGAGGAAUUCAAAAAGCAUUAUAUUCGUUAUAUUUAUCUUUAUUUGUUCAUCCAUAUUUUAAACAAAGAUUUGCUUUCAAGUUAGCAAAGCAUUAUAGUUUAGUAGUGCGUGUUGUUGAUGAUAGGAUGUAUAAUGAUAACAAUUUAAAUGGUUUAAGUGUUCAAGUAUUAACAGUACCAGAAAUAGCUUACACACUUGUAAUAAACAAUUUUUUAAAUGAUUUAAUAAAACUCAUUGAAAGUUUUUGUGUAUAUAAUUAUGUAACUAAGUGUGUUAUGUAUAAAAAAUUCUUACGAUCAGAUAUAGAAAUUAUCAUUCGUAUUUGUGUGGAUUUAAAAUAUCUAUUAUAUCAUACCGAAGUUAUUAAAAUUGUAUUGUUUAAUAAAUACAUAAUUAAAAAAAUUUUACAUAUAUUGUCUAUAUUGCAUCGUAUGAAUUCACAAGUGCGUUAUACCAAAACACAUAUUAUUUAUGAAGACUUGUCUAGCUCCUAUUCUAUAACCAUUGAAAAUUAUUUACUCCGUGUAUUUGAGCCCUUGGCAAACUUUUGCAAAAGAGAAAAGAAUGCUAAUUUCCGUAAUUUAUUUUUACUCUAUCAACUUACUAUAGAAAGUAUUUGCUCUCUUAAUCUCUUUCCCUUUAUUGAUGAUACGAGUGAUCAAAAAUGGCUUAAAAAAAGAAAAACUGAAAAGAGCAUAAAUAAUAAUAAUAAUAAUAAUAAUGGUGGUACUACUGCUGAAAAGGGAAAGGAUAGAUCAAUGGACCCAGGUGAGCCCGCGGAGGGUGCAGGAAAGGGAAAUGAAAACAUCGUAGGUGCUAGUGGUGGUACUGCCAAUGGAACUGCCAACGAGACGAGUGCGGAUGCACCAGGGGCCGAAGUUAGCAAUGGCAAAAGCAGCGGCGGCUUAGAUAAGGGCAAAGACGGAGAAGGCGAAAGCAAAAAUGUGGAGGAAAAAAAAGGAGGUAACAAAACGAAACCAGAAAAAAAAAAAAAGAGGAAGCGAUUGAGGCAUUUAAGGUCUCUUCAUUCCCCGUUAGUCCGUUUCUUUAUGAUGAUUUUAAAUUUCGAUGUUGUUAAAAAGUGUAUUGAUGAUUUGUAUUGGUAUAAAUAUAUAUAUUCAAAAAAAAUGAAGAAAACAAAUAUGCACAAUUUUGGAGGUAGUAAGGGAAUAUUUCAUUGUACCAAGCAGAAUUCUUUUGGAAAGGAUAGUAAUAGUGGUUGUAGUAGUACCCCUUUUCCUAGCAGCGCUGGUCAAGGAAAUGGUUUUACUGACGAAUCGUCCACCCGAGUGGCAGGUAAAGAGGAAGCUUUGUUCAUUGUGAAAGAGUUUGUAAAGGAUUUCUAUUCGAUGGAAAAAUACACAGAUGAAGUGAUAAACAAAAGAAAAAUGCUACAAGAAAGGUACGAAGAAGAUGGAAAUAAAAUAAAGAUAAAUCUUUUUAACUAUAAACCAUUUUUAAAUUGUUAUGAGGAUAAAGAAAAUACAAAAAUUAGCAAUUAUUUAAAGGAGCAUAAAUAUUUGGAAGAGCAAUAUUUCAAAUGGAUUAUUAACACGAGCAAUUCGAAAGGAAAAGAAGGGAAAGAAAAGGAAAAGGAAAAGAAUAAUGAUGACAAUAAGAUCACUUAUAGAAAAAGUAUACAAGAAAAGAAAACAAAUGUUAUGUGUAAAAACAUGUUCAUAGAAAAAAAAGUAAAUUGUAAAAAUACCGAAUUUAAUGAAUUUUUAGAAAUGCAGUAUAUACAUGAAAGGAGUGAUAUAUACUUAAACCCGAUAUAUAUUGAUUUAUAUAUGAGGGAUGUAUUUGAAUUUAUUAAUUUGUUCAAUUUUAAAUUAUUGAAGUAUAUCCUAUUUAUUAAUGUACAUAUAUUAUGUUUUAUAUAUGAAAUAAAAUAUGGUUACUGGGUAAGAAAUGGACCUCAGAUGGUAUUUCAAGUGAGCGAAUAUGAAAAUUCUUUAUUUUUUCAAAAUGAUAUUAUUGGAAUUCAAUUUGCUAUGAUAAUGAUGAAUAUGUUACCUUUAUAUGAAGGUCAAUCUGUACCAAUAGAUAAUGAUAUUUUAAAUCUUUUUAAAAAAGUUUUUGAUGAAAAUAUUAGGAAUACUGCAAAUUUGGGUAGCGUAGACCAACCUACAGAUGAUACGUAUUCCAACACGAGUGGAAAAACGAAUAACAAUGAAUUUAGUCGCUUAGAUGUAGUAGACGUUAUAAAUUCCAGUACAGAUAACAAUUGUACUAGUAAAAAUGGAGGACAACCGGUGGAAGAAAACAACAAAAAAGGAGGUAUACAUAAAGUAGAAAACUUCGAAGAAAAAAAAAAAGAUGAACUGAGUACUUAUCACCAUGAUAGCAAUGAAGAACAUAUGCUUAUAUAUAGCAAGAAGAAAGUGCGUAACGCAAAGGCAGAGGAGGAAAACAACAUUUUUUCUCUUUUUUUUGGAAAAAAAAGGUAUAAUAAUGUACAUGCAGGCACAAGAUUCCGAAAUGGUGCAUUAACAAGUCAGAAUAAAAGUGAAAAAAUUGAUUUUAGAUCUAUAUAUAAUUUACUAAUUACCUAUGUGAUGACUAGCCAAUUAGGUAAACUUAGAAAAGAAUUACACCAGAAGAGUGGGGUGGAGCAAGAAGAAGAAACCAACCAUCAGAGGGGUAAUGACUCGCUAGAGAAUGGUGAAGGUGCGAGCACCUCGGCAGGGAUAAUGCAUAACGAUAAAGAUGCAGAACCGGCUGAGCGUGAACGGAGUGGUGGAAGCAGUGAUAGUGUCAAUUGCGGUAAUGCAAAUACGUUUUCCAAUAUGAAGGGUGAAACGACGGGGGAGUUCCCAUAUGAUGCGUAUUAUAUAAAUAAACUGGAGUGGAGUGAGUACCUGAAGCUUUUUAUGGAGAUGGAGGUAAGGAAUCCAUUUGUAAUAUUAUAUCAAUUAAUAUUUAAGAAUUUUAGGAUGAAUUUAUAUUUAAAAAAUGUUAAGGACAUGUACAUGGAAAUACAAUUACAUCAUUUAAAAGUAGUAUACAAGAUUUUCACUGAUAUAUAUAGUAAUAAAUUAAAAAUAGAUUCAAGGAAAAUAAAUUAUAUAUUUUAUUUUCAAUUAUUUUAUGAUUUGUUAAUAAGAGUUUUUAACGAAUUAUAUUAUUUUGAAUCAAGUAAUAUACCGAGAAAAACAUCGUAUAUUAAAUAUAAAGAGCGAGGUAAAUAUAAUGUAAAAAAAAUUAUGAUUCAAUUAUUAGCUUCCAAAGAUUUUCAAUAUUUUCAACUGGAAGAUGUUUUUCCUAAACAGUUCAGGCACCACCCCAGUUUUUAUGAACUUGUUAAUAAAUAUGGUCAUACAACUCAUAUGUCAAGGAGUAAUGUAAAUUUAAUUAAAUUAAAUAAAAGUUCUUGGUUAUUAUAUGAUGCUUUUUGGCCUAUAUCUCAAUAUAAAGAUUUUCAGUCAGCUAAUGAAAAAUGCAUAAAAGAAGAAAAUGCAACUUACAUAGGGUGUUCAAGAGAAGAAGAUAAAGAAUAUAUGACUUUUUCUUUUAGAAAAAUUCAAAAUAUGUUAUUUUUCGUCUUCAAAAAUAGCUGCCUAGUCCCCAUGCUAUUGACCAUCUUUAUUGUAAAUGAAGAAUUUCAAAAAAAAUUAGAGCGAAGGAUUAAGGAAGCUUCGACGGGGAUGCCUCCUACUAAUGGGGCAUCAUCAACUAGAGGGAUACCGCCUACAAAUGGAGGAUCAUCUACAAGGGCUAUUCCUCCCACAAAUGGUGCACAACCUACAAUAGUGAACGGUGCGAAUAGCAUUACUGGCAGUCUAAAUAGCAAUAGGUCAAUUGAACAAAAUAGUCGUUUGAGUAGCCCUAACGUUAACAUGCUCCAGAGUAAUACAUCUGCUGGAAAUAUAAUUCCUGACGCACUUCCCUCAUUAAACGACUUAGACAUAUAUAGUUUGCUAACUCAAGGAGGUGUGAACAGAAAUGGAAAUGGAACCCAUAUGAGUAGCAGGGUUAUUGGAAGUAAUAUCAUGGUGAAUAUGAACAACACAGGCAAUAAUGGUAAUUCUGCGAAUGGUAAUAAUAUGGCAAGUAAUAAUGGUAGUUUAGCUAACAACAAUAAUGAUAGCUCGUCCAACAGCAGUAAUGCUAAUGACAAUAAUGGAAAUGCUUCCAACGGAAAUACCUCUACCGACAAUAACACUUACAUAAUUGUGGAUCAGAAUGGUGAUAAUGAAACACUGUUUGCAGAAAUAUUAAUAAAUAGAAAUCCAAAUAAUUCAAUAAAUAUGGAAAUAGUAAAUGUAACAGAUAACCACAUAGGGGAAGGUGGGGGUAACAGAAAUUACAGACAGUUAAAUGCUGAUGGUUUAUCAGAAUUAAUUAGAAAUUUGAUUAGUGAAAAUAAUAUUAUUAAUAAUGUUAUUGAUGAAUCAUUGUUGGCUAACAAUACGAGCACAACUAAUCAUGAAGGGGUAAGGAGAAUAAGAGGAGCUCGAAAUAAUAAUACUGAAGAUAAUAUGUCUUAUGAUGAAAAUUCUUCUAGUGAAGAAUUUCAUUUGGUAGAAUCAGAACUACCGAACAUGUUAAGAAUAAAUUUAUUAAGAAGGAGAAGUGGUCCAUUUGAUCUAAACAUAGUUACAGAUGGAAAUGAAUUUAAUGUUAACCCAAAUAAUAGCAGCCUAAAUAAUACCAUAGAUAUUUUAAUAAAAAUAAUAAAAUUGCUAAGUAUUGUUAUAGGCACUAUUCACCCGUUUAAAGAAUUAAACGGAUUUUACUACUCCAAUUGCAGCAUUUUUCCCAUUGAUGAAAAGGAGGACGAAAAGGACUUAACCUCCAGCAGUUCGGAUGAAUCGUACAUGUGUAAAGCGUUUACUGGUGAUGGGGAAGAAUUAAUAGGUGAAGUGGUAAACGAAGCAGUACACGAAGAGGUAGACAAAGCGGUGGAAGGAGAAGAAAAGAAUCAGCUAAAAGGGGGAAAUAACCUUGGAGGUGCUUAUCGCACCAGUAUGUUGAAGGUGAAUAAUGGAAGUAGUAAGGAUAACGAUAAAAGUAAUGGUAAUCCGUACGAAUGUGCAAACUCAUCAAAGGAAAAUGGGACUCAGGUACAAAAUAAUGACGUUAAUGGUUGUUUAAUUUUUGAUCAUGUAAAUGUGAUAAAGAAAAGAAGAAAGGAGAGAAAAAGGAGCAGUGGUGGUAAUGGUACAAAUGGAAGCAAAGGUAGUAAUAAUGGUAAUAAUAAUACGAACAGAAAGAUGCAGAAUGCUUACGCAUUAAGCAAAAUAGCUGUCUAUAAUUUUAUCACUUGUAUUAACAAUAUAAAUGCCAACGAAGAUAAAUGCUUUCUAAAAGUAAGACACACAAUAGUGAAUAGACUAAAAGAAAUUUUUACAGAAAAUUAUGAUUGCAAAAAUGUAAAUAAUGGAAACGAACUAUUAGAAAUAGCAAGAAGGAAACAGAAAUAUUUAUUACAAAGUAUGAAAGAGCAACAGAUGAAGUUUAGCAAAUUCUUGGAUGAGGAGUUACUAUCCGAUGAUGACGAUGAUGACGAUGAUGAUAACGAUGAUGAUAACGAUGAUGAUAACGAUUAUAACGAUAAUAAAAAUAGUAAAUAUAGUAAAACACUUUUAAAUUGCAAAAAGGGGGAACAAGAGGACGAAGCAGGAAACAAAGCCAAGAAAGACGGAAAUGAUGGACCAAAUACAAAAGGUACCGGAAAAGGAAGAAGAAAAAAAUAUGAACAUGAUCAUACAAUUUGUGAGUACGAAAAAACUAAAGAAAAAAAUUGUAUAUGUGUAUUAUGUAAAGAAGGAAUGACCAAAAACAAUCCAUUGGCAUAUAUAUGCUUUGCAUCACAUACCAGUCUUUUAAAAAAAAUUAUAAAAAAAAAUAAAAUUGCUUUUCCAUGUAAAUAUCCUUCCAUAUAUACAUGUGGUCAUGUUAUACACACCAGAUGUUUGCAUAACACGAAAAUUUUGAAAUAUAGAAAGUUGUUCAGUGUUAAAAAUGAACCAACCUUAUAUGAAUUUACUUGUCCCUUAUGUCGAUGUAUAGCUAACUGCUUCAUUGUUUAUGUACCGAAAAGAUACUUGUCUGAAGAUGAUAGAUAUAGAAUAUAUAACUGCAAUUUGAAGGAGUUAAUUCUUGACAGUUCUAACAAAAACCUAUCAGAGUUGUUGAAGAUAUGUAGGAAUGCACAAUUAGAUGAUAAAAAAAAUGAAGAAAAGAAAAAUAGUCGUUACAGUGUAAGAACAAAUUUGGAAUCAUGCGUAGAGGGGACUGAUGCUCAACAGAGUUAUAAAAACAGUGUACUUCUCGAUGGUGAAGCUCCUGCGCAAGGGGGAAGUAAGCAAUAUUAUUUGAGUAGUGUUACCACAGAAGAUGCUAUAACAGAUGCUACUACUACGAACCACAAUAAUGGAAACAUCCACAGUAGUCAUGUGUUGACCACGUAUACGCCCUAUUACUAUAAUAAGGAAGUGAUGGGAAAUAAAGCUUAUGUCCACUAUUAUGACGAGAUUUCCAGUGCUAAUAGAAAAGGAAGAAGGGAAAAUUCAUAUUACAAGAAUGAAGAGGAAAAUGAAAUUUCGGAAUCAUCUUCUUCCGAUAGGUGGACUUACGCAUCUUCGUCCAACCACUCCAUUGAUAGUGAUAUACCAGAGGAAUUUUAUUUUAAGUACAAGAAUAAAAAUAAAAAAAUAAAAAAUAAAAAUAAGUUUUUGGAAAUAAAAGAGGAGCAUGAAGAUAAUUUGCAUAACUCGAGUAAUAGUGGCGUAUAUGACUUUUUUGAUGAAGAGAAAAUGAAUGAUAUAUUCAACUUGAGAUUUAAGAAAUUAAUAGAUAAAUCUGUGUUAAACAAUUUGUUGUCAUAUGAUAUGUAUGAAGAUAAUAAGAAAAUUAUACUAAGAGAAGUUUAUUUAAAUGAAAAUAAUAUAUAUGAUAAGUUGUACAAUAAAGGAGAUAGAAGGAGAAAUGAUUUUAUAAAGGGGGAAUUUUCAUAUAGUGCGGAUAAUGCUUCUGACGAGGGGGGUUUUAACGAGGGCAUUGCAAAGAGUGAAGAUGUAGUGGAUUACUUAAACGUAUUGAAGGAGGAAGGUAGGAAGGUGGAUAUGGUUAGAAGUGAUGGAAGUGAAAGAUGUGCAGAAAAUCAAAGAAGUGUACGAAAUGAAGGAAGAAAUGAUACACGUGGUAGCCGAGAAAGACGAGGAAGACGAGGAAGACGAGGAGGAAGCGAGUUGUAUCUACACAAAAACACGUUUAAUUACAUGAACAAGGACCUUACGUUUACCUAUCGUAAUUCCAACUACUUCUAUCGGUACAAAAAUGGCUUUUUAUCCUAUUAUGUAAGUGUACCAUUAAGAUAUAUUAAAGAGAUAAAAAUGUUUUUGAUUCAGAACAAGGCAAAUAAUUACGAGGGGAGGAAUGUGACUAGGAAAGUUUACUUUACGUCUCAUGUAGAUAAACGUUUUUUGAAUAAGGAUAAGUCAGAUGGUAAUUUUGAUUUCCAUAAUUUGGUUUUAAACUUUUAUAUGGAUGAGAAACUACUGGAGUACAUAAAAAACAAUUUUAACAUGGAUAAUGUGGAUGCAGAGGAUGUUAUUCAAAAGUAUAGAAUAACUCCAAGUGUAGAGGGAACUGAGGAAGAAGAUGGAACAGAAGAAGCAAAGGGAGCAAAUGGAAAAGACGGAGCAGAGAGAGCCAUAAAUAGGGGUAAUCAGAGAACCUCUAAUGAAAGAAACGGACAGCGAGUGAGCGAGUUAUCCAGAGAAUGCACUGAACACCAAAAAGAGAAGAGACUUAAAACGGACUAUGAAGAGGAUGUGAAAGAAAAUAAUAAGUCCGAGGUAGCACUACCGCAAUAUGCAGAUGAUUACUACGGAACAGGUAAUGAAUUAGAAAAUGAUGAUGGUAGUCAUUUAGUAAGUGGGAAUAGUGGCUUAAGUAAGGGUAUGGACUCUGAGAGGGGAAAUUUAAAGUGCACGAAUAAUGGUUUAGAUGAAAGUAGUAGCAGCUUAAACGGGAAUAGUAGCAAUGCAGAGAGAGGUACCAAUUGUGGAAAUGGUAAUACCACUAACAAAUCGUAUAAAGAUUGUCACGAUGGAGGUAACACAAAUGGUGUAGUAGCCUCGUCAGACGGAGUCAAUUUGGUUGAAAAGGGCAUUGAUCAUAAAUGCAAGAGGAGAAUGAGAAGAAGAGGGAGAGGCAGAGAAAGUGGAAAACAUAGUAAGCCAGAGGAAGGAUCAAACAGUAGUAGUAAUGACAGCAAUCAUGGAAGCAAUCGUGAUAACCAUCGCAGCAGUGGACAAAGCUGUGGACGUGGUGCUCGUAAGAGGAAACACAACAAGAUUGUUAAAUUCCAGUAUAUUUGUAACUCGGGAGAAUUAAAGAUGCUGAAUAUAACGAUGAAAACUUGGUUUUCCAUGGAUGUGUAUGAUGGAAUCAUAAGCACGAAUAAGCGCAUAUAUGAAAAGAAUAAAGGUAUAUUACAUGUACAGAAUUUCGAUAACAUGUAUGAUAUGAAAGCAUUGAGACAAUCCUUUAUUUUGUUAGGUGGAAUAACUGAAAUUUCUUGGAGGAUUUUUCAUCAAGAUCAUACAACGUUUUCAUCUAUAUUGCACCACUCAGAAAAUUACAAAAAGUUAAUCGAUUUUGAAUAUUGCACAAAAUUAGAUGAUAAUGAAGAAGAUGUAGACAUAAAAGGAAUAGGAGUAAAUGAUAUACUUAAAAUAUUCCGUAAAAUUGAAAUGUAUCCAGAUUUUCUCUUCAAUAAUGGUGAUGUCGGAUUUGUAAAUAAAAACGAUUUGAAAUAUAUAAACAAAUUAGACUUAGUACUAACCAACAGAAGAGACUAUGAAAGGUCCAGGAGGGCAGUGGGUAACAGCAAACAUAGUAGCAGCAGUGAUGAGAGGGGCGGUAAUACGAAUAACAGGAGUAACGCUAAUAAUAGCAGUAACACUAAUAAUAGCAGCAACCCUAAUAAUAGCAGCAACCCUAAUAAUAGCAGCAACCCUAAUAAUAGCAGCAACCCUAAUAAUAGCAGCAACCCUAAUAAUAGCAGCAACCCUAAUAAUAGCAGCAACCCUAAUAAUAGCAGCAACCCUAAUAAUAGCAGCAACCCUAAUAAUAGCAGUAACCCUAAUAAUAGCAGUAACCCUAAUAAUAGCAGCAACCCUAAUAAUAGCAGCAACCCUAAUAAUAGCAGUAACCCUAAUAAUAGCAGUAACCCUAAUAAUAGCAGCAACCGUAAUAACAGUAAUAGUAAUAAUAAAAGAGUACCCUGUUGGAAUAAGAGCAAUUCAGGUACAGAUAAACUAUCUUCUAAUUUACAUAUUAUUGGAAGUACUAAAAGUAAUAAGAACAACAAAAGGGAUGUUCUUAAUAUUAAGUAUUGGAGAAAUAUAAAUACAGCCGUGGAAAUGAAUAAAAUAUACUGGAUAUUGUACAACGAAAUAUUAAUUCAUAUAUUUUAUAAAAACAUAAAUUAUGUAUCAUGUAAUAAUAUGAUUGAAACACUGGUUAGAAAUUUUUUUUUAUAUAAACAUGAAUUAAAUAUAAUAAAGGAGGAUAAAAUAUCAAAUUUAUUUAAUUUACAACUUUGGAAAAAUAUGUACAAAAUUUCUUUUUAUUAUGUGUAUCCAUAUAGAUUUACAUUUAAUAUGUACAAGAAUUUUUUUAAUAAAAUUAAAAGAGUCCAUUUUUUAAAUAAAUUAGCUUUUAUACCUCUUUCCAUUGACGUUUUAAAAUUAUUUAUGAAUUUUUUUUUAAAUCAGCUUUUGUAUACCCCUGCCGCAAUUCAACAUUUUAUAUCUAUUUCUUUAGUUAUUAUCAGUUUUCAAAUUAUGAAUGAGAUUUUUAUUAAAGAAAUUUCAAAAUCGUAUGUACGAUUCAUAUUUUCUCAAUUUUUUUAUGAACAAGUCAGGAAAAAUUUUGAUAAUAUUUCGGAGUACAUAUAUAUUAAUAUUCAAAAUGGUACUUAUCCAAUAAUUCAAAACAUUGUAAAAUGUGAUAAAAAUGUCUCUACAGAACAUAGUAAUGAGUUUUAUUCUUACAAUACAGCUGUAGGAUGUAGUGAAGAGAAUAUAUCAGUAAAAGAAGAACUUAAUUCAUCACAUGGACAUUUUCGUACAUUCGUUUUUGAUAAUUUUGUCAAGAACGAUUUGGAUCAAUUGGGUGGCCAGUAUCACUAUACAGAUAGGCAUACAUCACAAGGGGUUCAAGGGAACAUGGAUAAUGGUCAGGUUCGUGUAAACAGCUAUUAUGGAACAAAGGAAAGCAAUCCGCAAGGGCCAUGUGAUGAUGAAAUAAUGGGAAAAGGGGAAAAAUUGUUAAAUGAACCAUCGGAUAAAAGGAGUAGAUACACCUCGAAUGAUUGUAGCUCCUGUGACAAGAGCAAUGAUGCAUACUAUGUGUAUAGUUGUGGAAAUGAUGAAAAUGACAAUUAUGGUAAUCAUGGAAAUCAUGGCAAUAAUAAAAGCGAUGGCAAUGAUAAAAGCGAUGGCAAUGAUAAAAACGAUGGCAAUGAUAAAAACGAUGGCAAUGAUAAAAGCGAUGGCAAUGAUAAAAGCAAUGGCAAUGAUAAAAGCGAUGAGGGUGGUUAUAGUGGUAUGGGUCAGGGGAAUAAUAUAGACGUGUUCAGUUUGCUUAAGCGGAUUGAACAGUUGUCUAUGCAUUUUAGCGAACACGAAAUAAACGAUUUGAAAAAGAUUAUUUUACACAAUAAAAUUCUUUCUGGAGAUGAAAUGAAUGAUACGGACAUUCUGAUGAGUAAGAAGGGUAGCAUUAAUGUAAUGAAAAAGAGGAAAUCCUGUCUUAGUAGUGAACAGGAGGAAAUGAACAUGCAGCACAUGAGGAGGGUUCAAAAUGGAAAUAAUGAAAUUUUAUCGCCCGAAGGUAGAAGCGAGUUAAAGGGGAAAAAUGUUGUAACGAUUAAUGGAGUGGAUGCGGACAUUGUAACAACUAAUCAGGUAAUUCUUAGCACGGGGAUAAAAAAGCUGUUCAUCAUAUAUGAAACUAUGAAGAAACUGGUUGAAUUAAAUAAAUUUAGGAUGCAUACACAAAAAUUGAUGCUUUUGUUAUGUGAAGCAAAUGAUGCUUACUUGAAGUACGCAUAUUAUAAUGGAUCGUUGCCUAUUAAUAUAUAUAUUAGCACCAAUUUUUUAAAGUAUAAUAAAUUUUUUAAAAAUUUCUAUUCCUUUUUAUAUAAGAAAAAGGGAAAUGCUAAAUGGGGAGCUUUUCAUGUGUUAUACGAGGAAAAGUUAGCAGGUCGAAGAAAAGGAAGUAGCAUGUCAACCAAGGGAAAGCACGUAAUGAAGAGGGAUUACUACACUAUUAUGAGUAAUAAUUUGAACUCGAAUGAUGUUUUGGCUAAUGGUGUUUGCGCUAGUUAUGAAUAUGCCAAUGAUGUACAUUUAGGAAAAGGCGGACACGACGGAGGGGAAGUUAUGCCCUCCGGAGUACCUUUUUCAUUCCCAUUUGAAAAUAAUUAUGUAUAUGGUAGUCAGGAAGAGGGGAAACAAAUCCGUAAUAUGAUGGAGUCCCUACCCAAGGACUCAACCAUAUCGUAUAAGGAUUAUGUUAAUAAAUCGACGAGUUAUAGUGCUAACUCGAAUUAUGCAGGAAACAUUUCUGACAACCAGGAGAUGCAGAGGGGAAGUACGAGCAAUACUAAGGCAAAUGGAAGCAUCCUAAGUAACGGUAGGGCGAAGAGGAAUCUGCAAAGGAAGAGUUACAAGGAAGUAUCAGCGUCCGACGGAUUAGUGGUAUCAAACGGAGAAGCAGUAUCAAACGGAGAAGCAGUAUCAAACGGAGAAGCAGCAUCAAACGGAGAGGCAGCAUCAAACGGAGAGGCAGCAUCAAACGGAGAAGCAGCAUCAAACGGAGAGGCAGUAUCAAACGGAGAGGCAGUAUCAAACGGAGAGGCAGUAUCAAACAGAGAAGAAGCUUCUAACAAGCCAGCCGAAUCAAACAUGUCAGGCAUGUUGGAAGUUCCUAAAUCUGAGGAAAUCAAGACCAGUAGAGAGCAGAAGCAAAGGCGCGAUAGAGGAAAAUGCGGAAGAGUGUCAAACGAACUAAACCUGUUUAAAUACAAGUUGUACAACAUAUCGAAUGAAGAGUUGAGCGAUAUGUACUUGAUGAACGAAACAAGUGAGAGGCACUUAUCGGAAGCACAGAACAAAGAUUUGGAGUACAAACAUACGAAAAUCAUUAGUUUGUUAAAGUGUAAAUAUGAACAUGUACCAUUUGUUAAUCAUUUAUUUUAUAUAUAUAAUUUUUAUCCAAUAUUGUUCAAGUUAAAAGAAAUAAAAAGCAUACAUGAUAAGAAAGAGGAGAGCAUAGAUAUAUGCACAGACGAAUUUUUGUUAUCUUGCAUAGACAAUAAAAUAUAUGAGGAUAUAGGAAAGAAUUGUAAUUUUUCAGAUGCAAGUUUUGAUAGUGAAGAAUCGAUAAAAAUUUCUGAUGAACAAAAGAAGACAUGUGAUGACAGUUGUGAUAAGGAAGAAAAUGAAAAUUUUGAUGAAAGUAGUAUGCAUUCUAACUUAAAGAUUUUAAAUGAAAUAUUAGAUGUAGAAGAAUUAAUAAAAGAUAUGAAAAAAACAAAAAAAUGGAAAAAAAAAAAUAAUAGAAAUAAAUAUGGGGAUACUCUCUUCAUUAAGAUUUUUAAUAAGUCUCUUGAAAAAAUAAAAAAUAAAAAAUUAGAUGAAAAAAAAAAGCACGUACUAAUGAAUGGUAUCGGUUUAAGUAAAGGCAUAAACGGGAAUGACAAUAAAGAAGUGGAUAACCAGAAUGGCAACCACAGAAGUGAAGAAAAACAAGGAAAGAAUAAAGAUAAGAGUACUAGUAACAAUUCUUCUAAUGACGUAUUUGUAGAUCCACACGAUUUAAGACAAAUAGACAUUUCUGAUAAUAGAGGCGAAGUCUGUGUGAGUGAUGAAAAUAAUAAAACGUGUAAUGAGGGAGAUACAAGGGGGAACAAGAAAAGGAAUUUAGAAGAGGUAGAUCGGAAGGAGGAGAAGGAAAAUAAGGAACAGAUGAAGCAGGAAAAAGAGGAGAAACUGACUUAUACAAAGAUCGGAAAGACAAAGAAUGAGGAGGAGGGACAUAAUGAAGACGAUGAUGAUGACCCGACUAUAUAUAAUACCUCUUCUGAUAACAGUCAUGAGUGCUCAAACUUCUUACCCAUUUAUGAUGAGAACAGUUCUAGUAGUGAUAUGGACAGAAUAAGAUAUAGGAAAAGGCAUGCAGUAGAUAGCUUUUUUUUCGAUGACCCUGAUGUUCUUCUGUCAAAUAAAAUUGAUAGAAAUACAAAAUCAAAAUGCAAAAGUGAUAACUUAAAUUAUUUGAAAUUCAAAGACUCAAACAAAUUACAACGCUACCUUAUGAUGUUAAGAAAAAAUGGACUUAGUAGAAUUUUCUUUUACAAUAUACGCAAAAUGUAUAGUUAUGUUUACAAUUUACAUGAUUUUAUACCAUUAUAUCUUAUCCAAAAUAUAUUAUUGCAUUUUAAAAAGAGUUAUAAAAACGUAAGUGAGUUCUAUUAUUAUGAUGAUGAUAAUGAUAAUAAAAAAGCAAAUCUAAGUAGCAGCUCCUCCUCCGAAGAAAGCGAAUUCGAGUAUACAAAAUUUUCUAAAAAUUUUUAUCAUUCUGCAAAAUGGAAAAGGACUUAUUCAAAGUAUAAAAGCAAGAUUAAUAGCGAAGCGGAGGAAUAUACAGGUAAAAGGAGAGGGUAUGGACAAGAGCAUAAACAAGAGCAGAGUCAGGGACAAGAAGGUUCUCCUUAUGAAGGGGGCAUAAGCGUUGAAAGGAGUUCAAAGAAGGGGUAUUCAUCGAACGGGGAAAAUGAAUCAGACGAUGGAAAAAGCAAAAACAAGAUAGUUAACCCGGAUAGAAGCAUUUAUAGUACAUAUCGAGCAGUUAAUGAUAACAUAUAUAGGUGUUAUUUUAACCAAUUUGGUUGGUUUAGUCAAGAUAGAGUAUUCAACGAAUUUCAUUUAUUUACAGAUGAAGUUAUGCGUUCAAAACCGUACUUCUUCUUUUAUGACAAUGAGAAUAAUAGAAAUAGAACCAAUAAUAAUAGUAACGAUGGACUCACUUUGAUUAAUUAUGACAGCAUUAUAAAUAAUAAUCGACUUCUUAUACAACAAUUUCAUAAUUGUGUUAAUAAUAAUAUCCGUCGUUUUGCAGCCAAUCGUAAUAGAAUCAACAAUAAUAAUCGUAGUAAUGUACGUCGUCUUGUAGCAAACCGUAACAGCAAUUACAGUGGUUAUAGUGGUAAUAUCCGUCGCUUUGUAGGGAACCGUAACACCACCACCAUCGGCAAUAACAUUAGCAACAAUAGUAGUGAUAAUGUGCGUCGCCUUGCAGUAAAUUCCCACCAUAAUAUCAACAUGAACGGUAUGGGCAACAUGGGCCAUUUGAACUACAGUAAUAGUGGUAAUACCCAUCAUGUUGCAAUAAAUUGCUUCAGCAAUGGUAAUAACCGCAGUACUGUAGUAAAUUGCACGAGGAAUUUAAUGCGCGUACAAGCGAAUAAUCAUGCAGAUGCUACCAGAGGUAGGCAAGUAAUUGGAAGAGACAUACCAAUGACUGUACAAACCGUUGCUUGUGUAAAUUCCCAUCUGCAUACACAACAGAUACAAGUAGGAGAAAUGAGAAAAAAAGACCCUUCUGUCGAGGAAAAGAAGGAGAACGAUAAAAGUACAUAUGAUGUUAAUAAAAAAAUUAAAACGAAACAUAGUAACAAUAACUCGGACUCAUUUACGAGUUGCGUUAGCCAAGGGGGAAAAAAAAAAAAUGGAGAAAAUGGGAAAAAUGGAAAAAAUGGAGAAAAUGGAGAAAAUGGAAAAAAUGGAGAAAAUGGAAAAAAUGACGAAAACGGGAGAAAAGGUGCUAAUGGAAAAAAUGGCGGAGAGAAGGUUGGAAGUAGAAGUGUGCGUCAAAAUGAAGAUGUACGUUCAGGUGGAAGUUUGGAUGGAAGUGCGGAUAGUAGUGCAGGCGAAGACACAGAGGGGCAUAAUUUCCCCAACGGAGAACGCAGUGAAAAAUUCAAAGAAUUUUAUCAAAACGAAAAGGAAACAUUGAGCAUGAAGAAGGUGUUUAUGAUUUUUUAUAAAUAUUUAAAAAGUAAUCACUUCAUUGAUAAUAAAAGCUCGUGUAAAAAGUUAUAUACGAAGUUUUUAAAGAAAUAUUUAAAGUCUGCAAAUGUGUAUUUGCAAUUUGUCGCUUAUAUGAUUUUCUCUAUAUAUGAGUACAAUCAAAUGGCUCAGAAAUACCUGGAUUACAUACAUUUACAUAGUGACAUAAGUAAAUAUAAUAUAUUUUUACAUAUUCUAAAUAUCGAUAAUAAUUUCGAUCAAGUAUAUAUAUAUCAGACGCUGCAGUUGGUAUUUCAUCCAUACUUUUACUUAAUGUAUCAGCUAUACAAAUACCUAAAAAUUGAUGCUUCACCAGUAGCUUUACAUGACUUUUAUGAAAAUAUGGAAGAGUUUCUAUCAUCCAGCUCCUUGUUUCAACCGAGUGCAAAUUAUUUUACUUUAAUAAAGAAACAUUUUAAAAGGAAAUGUGUUAGCUGUAAUAAAUCCCCCAAAAAAAUUUUAAUCUGUUUGUAUUGUGGAUCGACCAUAUGUUUACACGAGAACGACGAUAUGACCGGCCCCCUUUCUCAAACAAUUAGCAAAUGUGUCUACCAUACCACCAUAUGCGGGGGCGAUCAGUGUCUGUACCUCUGUCUGAACACGUCAUCGGUACUGCUUACUAGCGAGAAUCGAUACGACUUCAUGAGCGGCCCGUACGUUGACAAGAAUGGAGAUGUGGAUCAUCACUUGAAGAGAGGAAAAAAUCUAUAUCUGUCAUCCCAUAAAUUGAAUAAAAUUUUUGAUAUCCUUAUUAACUCCGCAGUUGAUGUUGAAAUAUACAAGCAGACCAUUAAAGCGGAUUAG